AUUUGAGAGAAGACGAAAAAGUGCAUUGGUAGAAGCAUUGGAGAAGAUUAAGGGUGAGCUUAUGGUUCUGGGUUUUAUAUCGUUGCUUCUGACGUUUGGACAAAACUAUAUAGCCAAAAUAUGCAUACCUGAAAGGGUUGCAAACACAAUGUUGCCAUGCCCUCCCAAAAAUACACAUGCGUAUGGAGGAGGACAUCAUGCACCUGGACGGGGUCAUCAUCUUCCUAAAGAAGGCUCCGGAGAUCAUCGAAGAAGGCUUCUAUCCGACCAUUUUCGAAUUUUAGCAGCUGAUAGUCCUGCCGGCACCUGCAAGACGGGACACGUUCCACUUAUAUCCAUCCAUGGUUUGCAUCAGCUGCACAUUUUCAUAUUCUUUUUAGCCGUCUUUCACGUUAUUUACAGUGCCAUAACUAUGCUGCUCGGAAGAUUAAAGAUUCGCGGAUGGAAGGAAUGGGAAAGGGAAGUUGAACAAGAUUAUGAAGCAUCCAAUGAUGCCUCAAGAUUCAGGCUCACCAAAGAGACAUCUUUUGUUAGGGAUAAUACCAGUUUCGGGACCACCCCAAUAGUUUUCUACAGUGUUUGUUUUUUUCGGCAAUUUUUCAGGUCAGUUAGGAAAGCUGACUACUUGACCAUGCGCCAUGGUUUCAUCACGGUCCAUUUAGCACCUGGAAGUAAGUUUAAUUUUCAAAAGUACAUAAAAAGAUCCCUGGAAGAUGACUUCAAGGUUAUUGUGGGUAUCAAUUCAGUGCUGUGGCUUUCUGCAGUUCUUUAUCUUCUGAUGAAUGUCCACGGAUGGCAAGCUAUGUUUUGGCUAUCCAUACUGCCUCUACUUACAAUCCUAUCAGUUGGUACAAAGCUUCAAGCAAUUAUAGCCCAGAUGGCUAUUGAAAUUCAAGAAAAACAUGCUGUUGUCCAAGGCAUACCUCUUGUUCAAAUUUCAGAUAGAAAUUUUUGGUUCGGCAAGCCGACACUAGUUCUUCAUCUUGUCCAUCUCACCCUCUUUCAGAAUGCGUUCGAGAUCACUUAUUUCCUUUGGAUAACGUAUGAAUUCGGGCUCCAUUCCUGUUUCCACGAUAGUUUUUUCCUAGCCAUAUUGAGAGUUGCUAUCGGGUUAGGUGUUCAGAUUUUGUGCAGCUACAUUACACUUCCACUGUACGCACUAGUUACCCAGAUGGGAUCAAACAUGAAGAAAUCUAUAUUUGAUGAUCAAACUUCCAAGGCACUGAUGAAUUGGCAUAGGAAUGCAAAAAAGAAGAAACCACCAACAAAGCCUGGACCAGUCGAAACACGAAAAUUAGGGAGUCCGAGGGACUCGCCUGAUACUUCCCCGAGUACAAAAGGUGGUGGCGGAUCCAGAAUACAAAUGUCUAACGUAGUGCCAUCAUCCUCUAGUCAGACCGCCAACAUUGUUGCUAGCGUGGACAUUCCAGAGGAAGGCCGGCCACGGCCCGCAAAUCCUGACCUACUUACAGGUCAUUGAUUCAGACAAUAAUGAGCAGAGAUAACUCGUCACAUAGAAAGGAAAAAAUGAAGGGAACAUACAUUGAUGUUGAAAUGCCACAACUAAAACUUGAGAUUUGGCUGCCACCCUGUUUUCCAGCACAGCAUUGUAGAAAAAAUAGGUUUUUGUUCUGAAUUCCAGUUUGAUGCUCGAUUUUGUAAACACCAUUUGUACUAUUAUUUUUACUAGAAGAAAAGUGACUGCAUGCUUGUGCAAUGAAGGAUAUUAAAACCCAAGUGACUGCAUGCUUGUGCAAUGAAGGAUAUUAAAACCAUGUUACACUUGAAAGUUCCUAGUUAAUACAGAUUUUAAGUAUUGAA